AUGAGCAACCGCAUCACUAUAUUUCUAUAAGGAUAAUUUGAGUUUGGGGACCUGAGGGGAUUCAUUGGUAAUUAUUAAUGCAAAUAAAAGAACUAAUAUUUUAUGUAUUUUCUACCCUGGGGGAUAGGAAUAUAAUGUAUUAUAUUUUGAUCUACCUCUGGUUGAAGUAGGCAAAUAAGCUGUAAACUUUAUAGUUAAUAAUAAUGUAUUCUAUUUCGUCAUUCUUUGGGGACUUUGUGAAAAUGAUACUAAAAUAGCCAAGGCCUUUUUACAUUGAUAGUACAAUUUAAUUGGAUUUUUGCUAAUAUGGUUUUGGAGGUCCUAGUGGACAUGCAUGUAGGGCUUUAGUAUUUUACGCCAUUUUAUUUAACAUGCUGUAAACCCAAAAUAGUCAACAAUCAGAAAACUCUCAUUAAGUUUAAUCAGAAGAAUUAUAUUUAAUGAUUCAACCUGAGUAAACCUAAUCAAAUGAAAUUAGUUGGAAGAAUCGCAUAAUAAAAUGCUCAAUAUUAAUUAUUUUUAUUUUAUUAACAGGAAUAGCCAGAGUUUAUUUUGGGGUUCAUUUUUUAAAUUAAGUUAUGCUUGGAUGGAUUAUGGGAAUUUACUUGCUAUUUAUUUUCUAUAAUUGUGGAAUGCAAGAUAAAAUAAUAUAGCUGUUGAAUUAAACAAUAUAGAAAGAACCUUUUAACAGGUAAUAAAUAGCUCUCUUAAUUUAUUUGAUUUUGACAAUCACUGUAUCAUUUAUGAUGUAUUAUGGCUGCAUUAAUUCGUAGAUUCUUGCUCAACUCAAAUAGAAUUGGAAGGAUGUGGCUGACUCUCAAUAAAAGUGUAACGAUAAGUAUUAUAAUACAUCUUUUGAAAAACAUGAUAUAAUUGGAAUAUCAAUAAUUUCAUUUCCCUAUUUUAUCUUUAUUAGUUUACUAUAUAAAAAAGGGAUUUAUGAUCCUUAACUUUACAGUCAUAAAUUCUUUACUAAAAAAGGAGUAAUAAGAACAAUCGUAUUAGUAAUAGGUUUGAUGUUACCAUACUAUUGUAGAAAACAAACUAAGCAAUUUUUACUCUCCAUUGAUAGUAAUAUUUUUGUUCAGUUUUUUUGUAUUGGUUUACUCUACUUUUUGGAAUUGACUCUCCUUCUUAUAUACUUGAUCCCUUUUAUUAAUAAAUUAUUAAAAGUGGAUGAUCCAGGAGAUUUGCUAAAUUAUUAACCAAAAAUUGAAGAAUAAUAAUACGAGUUCGAAUUAUGA